AUUAAUUAAGAAUAAGUCAACAUGGGUAAAGGUACUCCAUCUUUAGGUAAACGUCAUAACAAGUCCCACACUUUAUGUAACAGAUGUGGUCGUCGUUCAUUCCACAUUCAAAAGAAGACCUGUUCUUCAUGUGGUUACCCAGCUGCUAAAUUAAGAUCUCACAACUGGGCUUUAAAAGCUAAAAGAAGACAUACCACCGGUACCGGUAGAAUGGCUUACUUAAAACAUGUUUCAAGAAGAUUUAAAAAUGGUUUCCAAACUGGUGUUGCCAAAGCUCAAAAUAAAGAUGCUUAAGUUUAAAAAACUUUUCUUGUUCCAUAAUUUAAUAUAAUUCAUAAAUCAAACAAACAAACAAACAAACAAACAACCCCCUCCAUAUACUAUAUAAAAAUAUAAUUUAAAGGUGUUUAUUGCUUAUCCGAUGUUUAAUCUA